UUACUUUUAAAGCCAUAUCUUAGAUUUUGUUGCUUUCCUAUUUGAUAAAUUAAUUCUAUAUAUCAUUUGUUGUGACAUAAAUUGAUAGCUUAGGUGUGGAAUAUAUAUUGAGUUUGAGUUUGUGUGUAGUUGUCAAUUAUUACAAUAGUGGUGACGAUGUCUACCAUAGACCCAAACCCAAAAACUUACGCUCCAUCGAACUCAACUGAAUCCGAGAAACUGAAACUUUACCAAGCUCUUAUCUUGUCUGCUAUCUGUUUCACAUUCAUCGUCCUCAUACUUCUUUACAUCAUUCGUCGAAAAUGUACCAACGUUGAUAGGUCUUCUCUUGGAAUGCCUCCUGGUGCCUUCCCCAUCAACUUUAAUCUCUCAACGGUUGAAUUAGGACUGAGCAAAGACAUAAGAGAGAUGCUUCCCGUUGUUAUCUACAAGGAGAGUUUCACAGUCAAAGAUUCACAAUGUUCAGUUUGUCUUGCGGACUACCAAGCAGAAGAGAAACUCCAACAAAUGCCAGCAUGUGGGCACACUUUUCACAUGGAGUGUAUUGAUCGUUGGCUCACAUCACACACAACGUGCCCUCUUUGUCGUCUCUCUCUUAUCCCCAAACCGUCCCUAGACCUGUCCCAGCAAACCCCAGAGAUAGUCUCUCCCAUAGAAAACUUUAAUGGAGGAGAAGCUUCGGCUCAACCAGAUUCCCAGUCAACAACCGAAGCAAUAAGUCACAUCGAUGAUGGCCAAGAAGGUAACCGAGAUAGUCAAGAGGUCUCUAAGGAACCGGCCGAAGAGAAUGACCCAAACAGCGUAGGGACAUCUGAUGGUUGUCGUACUUGUAGACUUGGUUAAAACGCAUAAAGCUCUGUCUUGUCUUUUGAUGAUAUUUGGGUAAGAAAUAAGGAUUUUUGUUUUCUC